AUGGCUAGUGGUGGAGCUCUGUUUGGUAACCUAGCGCGAAGCAACCAAAGCAAAAAUUUGGUGGAGUUUAAAGCCGGCAAGUCGAUAAUUAAAGGAAAAAUGGUUCAUCCAGACAAAAGGAAGGGUCUUCUGUACAUUUACCAGUCUGAUGACCAGCUGAUGCAUUUGUGUUGGAAGGACCGUUCUAAGGGCACUGUUGAGGAUGACUUGAUAAUCUUUCCUGAUGACAUUGAAUAUAAACAUGUGCCUCAAUGUACAACUGGUCGAGUAUAUUUGUUGAAGCUGAAGUCGAAUAAUAAAAAGAUGUUUUAUUGGAUGCAGGAGCCAAAAGCUGAUAAAGAUGCAGAGUUAUGGUCGAAGUUGAAUGAACAUCUCAACAAUCCACCCACUCCAUCAUCCAGUCGAAGUGCAGCAAGCAGUCUUCUGCCUGCUGAAUUAGCUGCUGGACUUACAGGUGACAGUACAGACAUUCACAACUUGCUAGGUAGCAUGGACCCCCAACAGAUGCUUCGGCUCAUAACAGGAAUGGGUAACAUGUCUUCAUUGUUGGGAAGUCGAUCCAGUUCUUCCAUGUCUUCUGAUUCUACUCCAUCCUCUCGAUUGACAUCAGCAACCGCUGUGGAGAGAACGAUACCUUCAUCUGUAAACACCUCAGCUGCAGCAACCACAACAGUUGCUAGCAGUACACCAGCCACCACUAUAAGUUCGGCAGCUCCCACGGUAAGCAAUGCUGCUUCAAAGCCUCCUACCCCUGCCAUUCUGCUCAGUGAUUUACAAAAUAUCCUAACAUCCAUGGGAAGUAUGUUUGAUGUAUUGAAAUCCAUAUCUCCUGAUGUUCUGCUACCUCUCCUGGCUGAUCCAAAGAUUCAGGAACGUCUUGUCCCAUUUCUACCUGAUGGUGAAGUUAUUCCAAAAACUGUUGAGGAACUCAAGGACACUGUUCACUCUCCACAAUUUCAACAAACUUUGAGAAGCUUUUGUGGCGCUUUACUGACUGGUCAGCUUGGUCCACUCAUUGCACAGUUCAAUCUGGGAGAGGAUGCGGUUGCUGCAGCUGAAAAAGGAGAUAUCUGUGCAUUUGCAGAAGCUCUCCAGAAGAAUUUCAAAAAGAAAGAUGAAGAAAAAUAA